CAGUACUCUAACUUAUGUCACUAAUUAGUCCGUCGAAAAAAAAUAUCUAUCAAUUUUUUUAUCAAAUAAAUAAAAUAUGGGUCAAUUUUCCGAUCAUUUAUUUCUUAAAAUUUUUAAGCGAAUGUCCGUAAGACAACUCAUUUUUUUGAAGAUCGUACACAAACGUUUCUAUGUUUUGAUUACUAAAUUGCUGAGUAAAAAUAAAAAUUUAUGGAGAGAUGCUGCUCAGUCAGAUAUUUAUCGAUCAGUUCUCUGUUUGUUUAUUAAAAAACUAUCGCCUUCAAUGCUUGCUGACAAUUUUUAUCAACUGGAUGACGAAAAUUUUUGGAAGAAGAUUCAUUUCAUUCGCAACAAAUGGGAAGCUUGUGCUUCUCUGGCUGUUGAUCAUGAGCAAAAGAUAGCACAGGAUUUACUAGGUGGACAUGUGUCUUGCAUUGCCACUUGCGAUAAAUAUUUAGCCAUCGGGACAAAAGAAUCUAGAGUAAAUGUUUUUAAAGAAAGAGAUAAUUAUCAUGAUUUCGAUGGCAAUCGAUACGAAUUUUUAUUCGGAGGACCUGGUAGUGAAGAUCAAUCAAUUGUUAAAUUAAUUUACUGGUACACAAGUAAAGUAUUAAUUUUAAUUACUGCCGGCACAGAUGGAAAUUUCUAUUCCGAAUUCAACGGUACUAUUUUUUCGUAUACAUUUAGAUUGGGAAUAUCCAUCAAAAGACUACACGAAGCUGAUUUUGAUCAAGAAAAGGAUGAAGAUUAUCCUGUAGAUUUACUAUCAGUAGAAAAAAAUAUAAAAGUCAUUUGGCCACAAGCUGGGCUUAUAAAUAUUACUAAUAUUUUGAUGCCAUUACCAAAUGACAUUAAAAUUGUCACCACAAGUUCUUAUUCAAUAAAAUUACCUGCGAGAGCGACAAAGGCGGAAAAUAAAAAAUUUUAUUUGCUAUCUUUGGAAAAUUCUAGGAGUAUUAUUGCAACUUAUGGUGAAUAUUUGUAA